GUGACCUCACGCCAGCCAAGGCCGGGCCUGCGGCCAUUAAAGCCGUUUCCUUUGCUGUGGCGCCGCACAGGCUCCCAAGCCCGCAAGUGGGGCGAGCAGUUCACUCGGCAACUUUGGGAAGGCACUUACGCAGCUGAUCAAGAGAACCCAGCUCGAGAUCGAAAGUCCUCUCAGGAAAGAUGCGCUCGCUCAUUCCAGAGCCCCAGCCUGGAGACCUGAUUGAGAUUUUCCGCCCUCUCUACAGACACUGGGCCAUCUACGUUGGCGAUGGAUAUGUGGUCCACCUGGCUCCCCCAAGUGAAAUCGCUGGAGCUGGUGCGGCCAGUGUCAUGUCUGCCCUGACGGAUAAGGCCAUAGUGAAGAAGGAACUGCUAUAUGAUGUGGCCGGGCGGGACAAGUACCAGGUCAAUAACAAGCAUGAUAACAAGUACCCGCCCCUACCUCCCAGCAAAAUCAUCCAGCGGGCGGAGGAGCUGGUGGGACAGGAGGUACUUUACAAGCUGACCAGCGAGAACUGCGAGCACUUUGUGAACGAGCUGCGCUAUGGAGUCGCCCGCAGUGACCAGGUCAGAGAUGUUGUCAUGGCAGCAGGCAUUGCAGGAUUGGGCUUGGCAGCCAUGGCCCUCAUUGGAAUCAUGUUCUCAAGAAAUAAGCGGCAAAAGCAAUAACUUGAAGAGACUGUUCUAUCAGCAGUGACUUUCUAAAUUAAGGGGAUCUUGUUUUGCUAGAGGGUUUGGGGUUUGGUUUAUGGAUUUCAUUUUGUUUUAUAAUAAGGCUUAUUUUCACAGAAUAAAAUAAAGCCCAGUGAGGGAGGAUUUUAUUGAGGGAAAUGCAGCAAGAAUGACCUGGUGUGAGCUCUAUUCCUGGUGACACCAGGUUGUGCCCUGGCCUGGUUGUGGUUUUUUUUUCACUUUUUCUUUGAGGGCUGUUCUUUGGGCCCUUUUCAUUGCAGGAACCCUAAGUCCAAGUCCAGUUACUUCUACUACCUGGGUGUUCCUAGUUGUGGGAGAUACAGGUGGGGCAGGAUAAAUCUGAUUAAUGUACAAGAACAGGAACCAUCAGACAGCCAGGACCCUCGGUCUGGAACUAGAUCAAGAUGGCUCCUAACACCUCAGCAGCUGGAGUCUGUAGAUAUAUAUGUUCAGGGGAGUUGAUAAGAAAUCCUCCGCCCAGAAGGAAACUUGUAUAUGCUUUUGCCAGUCUUGCUAAAACCUCCCUUAUUUCCCUUUGCUUUCUACAUCUUUUCUCUGCUUUGUAGCUUCUGCUUCCUCUGCAUAUCUGCUUCCUCACCGCUUCAACUCUUCAUGACCCCUCAAGUCUUUCAUCUCAGAUCCCUCUCUUGGCUUUUUUUCUGGCAUCCGCUCAGCUCAGCUCAGCUCCCCCGCUGACUGUGGCUUCCUGUGCUCCCAUUUCAAGUUCCUGUGACAGACUCUGAUUGGCUCAGCUGACCACAUCCUGGCUGUGCCUACUGAUUGGCUGCUCUUGGGUCAGGUGACCUCCCUGGGCCGAUCAGCUCUGCCUGAUGGAUCUGGGGCCGCAUGGUACAAAUGUGGCUUCAGACCUUACUGGACUGGGGGUGUAGCUGGCUCCGUGAGAGCCCUCUUGGGGGUGCUGAGCUUGGCAUCCCCCCCAAGUCCCUCCUCAUCUGCUUGGACCCUGGACCAGGGGAGAUUUAUCAGAAGUCUCAAGCUCACAGUUUCCUCUAUGAAAUAUGGUACCCUAACCAUCCACUUAUUUUUAUAAAAGAAAGAAUUAGAAUCUAAGUACUCUUUUUCUCACCUCAAAAUGCCCAUUUCAUUAAAGAGAUAAGUUGAGGAGAAGCACGAGGGCUUCUGUCCCCUUCCCCUUCAGCCAUAGCUGCCCUUGGCCAGGGGCAGCUGCUCAACCCUCAUCUAUGUGAGAUGGAAACCAGGACCUGUGAGGUAUGGACUGGGCUGGCACUUGGCCAGCCACCUUCACAAACUGCUUGACCUUCACCAUGAGGGUGUGGGAGUUAUAACCGACAUUCACAGAUGGGGCAACUGGGGAUGGGAGAGGUCAAGUUACUGGCUAAGUUCAUAUAGCUAGUAGACGGUAGAGGUGGGAUGCUCACAACAUUAGUUUCCUACUGCUGGUAUGACAAAUUACCUCAAACUUAGUGCCUGAAAACAACAGAAGUGUUCUGGAGUCCAAACGUCUGAAAUCAGCUUCACUGGGCUGGAGUCAGAGUGCUGACAGGGCUGCACUCCCUCUGGAGGCUCUAGGGGAGAGCCCCUUCCUUGUCUCUUCAUUUCUGGUGGCUGCCGCCUUUCCUUGGCUUGUGGCUGCACCACUCCAGUGGUCACACUGCCUACUCAUUUUCUGUGUGUGUGAAGUCUCCCUCUGCCUUUCUGUCAUAGGACACCUGUGCUUGCAUUUAGAGCCCACUCGGAUAAUCUCAUCUCAGAAAAAUUCACAUUUAUAGGAUUUUGGGGAUUAGGAUGUGGAUAUAUCUCUGGGGGACCAGUUUUCAACCUACCAUACCCACCAAAGGUUGUCCAACCAAGAAGCUCAGGUGUCUGAAUUGGAAGACUCUAGCAUGCUUUUUCAAGAGAGCCAUGUGGGUACCAGCGUGACAGCUGACGGCAAGAGAACCACACUCUGGGAGGGUGAAAGAGGCCUCUCCACUCAAGAGUUUGAGAAUUGGGGCCCCCACUCCAUUCCUUCCAUUUGCCUGUCCUAGACAUGACCUUUACCACAUUAAGUUCAUUCCUUUGCAAUCAUGGCAGAUUGUUUUCUUGGAACCCCAUUAAGGUGUCUCUCAAAUAUCAUUUACAUUUAGGCUCUUACUGCCCACUAGUCAAAAUUGUCAGAUUAUGUCUAGUCAAAUAUUGUAAGAAAUGGGACUCAAGACAGGCAAGUAUAUGAGUUUGCAUAUAUAUAUAUUUUUUGUUGGCAGUGGAUUUAUUUAGGCCAUAACAGAUGCGUAUCUUAGUAGUACUCUCGAAGCCCCAGGCUUAAGUUCCAGGCCCCACAGCCACCAAGUGUGGCUUCUCCAGCAGUGGACUUGCAGCCUCGGUCCCACCGGCUGCCCAGCCGCACUGUGAAGGAAACGGAAGAUGGACUACCUUCAGCCUCACGUUUUGUUUUGAAGGUGAAACCAGGACUAGCUGACCCUGGAGGCUAUGUUACGGAAAUGUCUUCACGUGCCCCUUUUAUCUGGGUGUUUGUCACUAAAGUGCUGUGAAAAUCUUGUUCCUAUCCAUCAUUCCUGUAUGAGUUUGUAUAUUGAUGGUGUGUGCAGGCCUGGAACCUAAGUUCAGGCUGGCGGGGCCUGUUUGGAGGGGGUGGAGGAGACAACUGUUUCUGAGGGACGAGGAUGCUGAGAGGGCAAAGAGGGGGUGAAAUCCUGUUGUCUGCCCCCCAAGUCAAGUGCUCUGGAAUAGGGCUGUGAUGGUUACAGGAAGAGGCCCAUUAAAAUUUUUUUAAAAUAAUUUUUUAAUUGUGUUUUAGGUGAAAGUGUGCAGCGUAAAUUAGUUUUUCAUUCAAAAAUUCAUAUGCAAAUCGUUUUGUGGUAUUGGUUGCAAACCCCAAACUGUGUCAGCACUCUACCCCUUUCCCUUUCCAUCCUGGGUUCUCUGUGUCCAUUCCUUCAGGUUUCUUUUCUCUUCCUGCCUUCUCAGCUUUGCUUUUGGGCAGGUGUUGCCCAUUUGGUCUCGUGUACUUGAUUGAACUAAGAAGCAAGCUUCUCGUGUGUGUUAUUGUUUGUUUUAAAGGCCUGUCUAAUCUUUGGCUGAAAGGUGGAUAUCAGUAGUGGCUUCAGUUCUGAAUUAGCAGGGUGUGCUGGGUCUAUAGUCUUGGGGGUUCUUCCAGUCUCUGUCAGACCACUAAGUUUGGUCUUUUUUUGGUGAAUUUGUAUUUUGUUUUACAUUUUUCUCCUGCUCUGCCCAGGACCCUUAUUGUGAUCCCUGUCAGAGUUGUCAGUGGUGGUAGCUGGGCACCAUCUAGUUCUUCUGGGCUCAGGCUGGUAGAGGCGGUGGUUCAUGUGACCCAUUAGUCUUUUGGACUAUUUUUCUUGUGUCUUUGGUUUUCUUUAUUCUCCUUUGCUCUGAACGUGAUGGGACCAAUAGAUGUAUCUUCAGUGGCUGCUUGAAAGCUUAUAAGAGCCCAGACACUCCUCACCAAAUUAGGAUUAGAACAUUUUCUUUAUGAACUGUUAUGCCAAUUGACCUUGAUGUCCUUGAAACUAUGGUCCCCAGCCCUCAGUCCCAAUAACUCAGUCCCUCAGGUGUUUGGAUGUGUCUAGGAAGUUUCUAUGACUUUGCCUUGGACAAGUUGUGCUACCUUCCCCUAUAUUGUUGUUUUUCCCUUCACCAAAGUUAACUUGUCUACUAUUUAGUUAGUGAUUCCCUCUUCUCUCCUCCCCACUCCCGUCCCUCAUAAUCAUCAAAGAUUGUUUUUUUCUGUGUGUGAACCUUUUCUUGGGUUUUUAUAAUAGUGGUCUCAUAUAAUAUUUGUCCUUUUGUGAUUGACUUAUUUCAGUCAGCAUAAUACCCUCCAGAUUCAUCCGUGUUGUGAGAUGUUUAGAGGAUUCAUCACUGUUCUUUACUGUUGCAUAGUAUUCCAUUGUGUGUAUAUACCAUAAUUUGUUUAUCCAUUCACCUGUGGGUGGGCACUUUGCUGUUGUGAACAAUGCUGCAAUGAAUAUGGGUGCGCACGUGUCUAUUUGUGUGGUGGCUCUUAUUUCUCUAGGAUAUAUUCCUAGGAGUGGGAUUGCUGGAUUGUAUGGUAUUUCUAUUUCUAGCUUUUUAAGGAGGUGCCAUAUCGUUUUCCACAGUGGCUGUGCCAUUUAACAUUCCCGCUAGCAGUGCGUAAGAGUUCUGAUCUCUUCUUGACCUCUCCAACCUUUGUAUUUUCUGUUUUUUUUGAUUAGUGCCAGUAACAUUGGGGCGAGAUAGUAUCUCAUUAUGGUUUUGAUUUGCAUUUCUCUAAUGGCUAAUGACCACAAGCAUUUCCUCAUGUGUCUGUUAGCCACCUGAAUGUCUUUUUUUUGUGAAGUGUCUGUUCAUAUUCUUUGCCCAUUUAACUGGGUUAUUUGUUUUUUUGUUGUUGAGGUGUUGAAGUAUGUUACAGAUUUUAGAGAUUAGGCUCUUGUCAGAUAUAUCAUAGCCAAAAGUUUUUUUCCCAGUCUGUAGGUUCUCUUUUUACUCUUUUGGUGAAGUCUUUUGAUGAGCUAUCUACCUUAUCUUAUCCAGUUAUCUAGCUUAUUUUCUUGUGUUUGUGCAUGUUAGUUAUGGUUUGUAUUGUAUUUAUGCAAUGUGUUAGGGCCCCUAGCAUUGUCCGUAUUUUUUCUUCCCUGAUCUUUAUCGUUUUAGAUGUCAUAUUUAGGUCUUUGAUCCAUUUUGAUUUCGUUUUUUGUGUGUUGUGUGAAGUAUGGAUCCUGUUCCAUGUUAUAAUUGUACACGAAGGCUCUAGAUCCAUUGGCCAAACUUUCUGCCUGGAAGGGAAGCCAUUUUCUAAUUUACACAAAGACAUUUCAUGCGCUAGCAGGGCACUAGAUGCUGAUGUGCGAGGCGGGGGGAGGAGGAUUUGAAGAUGAAGCCCACCCAUUUCCUGGGGACCCCUGGAAUCUACACAGCAGGAGGGGUCCAACCUGUUCCUGUGAGUUCUGAAGUGAAGAAGGGAGGUAGAAGGAAGAUAGCUCUGUGCUGCCCUCACAGUGGGGCUGUUGGGAGUAGGGGUGACCAGGAGAGAGAAGGUCAGGGUUUCAGGAACCUCCUAGGGUCCUCAACCUUUCCUUUAGUCCACCUAUCCUGUGAGCCCCAGUGGGGUCUGGCUUCUACCCCCCUUUCCCAGCCAACCAGAUCCCUUUCCUGGAACAUUUGAGGAGACACCAACCUAGUCAGCAAAGCCACCUCCUGAGGUGGUUUUGGUCCCCUCCUAUCCCUGUGCUUCUCCCCCUGCUCUGGUCUUUCUCCCUGGUGGGGCCCAGGAGUAAGGCUCUUUCAGCCUGGAGAGCCCUGGAUAGGAGCUGGACUUGGUGUGGGAGGGAGGUCCUGGAAGGCUCCAGGUUGAUCCCAGCAGAGGGCUGCCAUGUAGGCACCACUGAGGUAGUGAAAAUGCAUUUUCUUGAGUGCUUUAAUAUUGGACUGCCAGACCUCUGCCUGGCCAGUCUUACUCCAAGACUUUCUGGUUUUCCAUUAAUGUCCACCUGGUCCCUGGCCAGCCUUCUCCUCCUUACCACGGGAGGAGAGUGUCCCUGCCCUCUAGACUAUCCCUCCUUCCCUGUCUCAGCACAUUAACAAGGAAACUGCUUCCUUAGUUUACCCUUUUAUUCCUAUUCCUGAUUCAGGCUGAGCUGAAACCUUGGAGCUGCAGGUUUAUCCUAGAAUCUUCCUCUCUCUCCUUCCCUAGGUGUCCUCUGCCUGUAGAGUCUCCAUCCAUCUAAUUACCCUUGACCUGUGUUCAAGCCAAGCAGCCUAAUCACUCUGCUCUUACUUAGUGAGCUUACUAGGAGUCAGAAUCGAUUAGACGGCAAUGGGUUUUUGCCUAGUGGUAAGUGUGGCAUCUACGCAGUCACUUUUGUUCAGUCUAACUCAGCAACUUUUAUUUGCAGCCCUCUGCUGCCUGGCCCUGGCUCUGACCCAGAUGCCUUUCUGGGCUUCAGUGACCUCAUUGCCUGGUUGGGAGUGGGGGUUGACACAGUAACAAGUAAAAACAGAAUAGCAUGGGGGAUUUGGAAGAGUCCAAAGGUCUUUCAGCCUGGAGAGCCCUGGAUAGGAGCUGGACUUGGUGUGGGAGGGAGGUCCUGGAAGGCUCCAGGUUGAUCCCAGCAGAGGGCUGCCAUGUAGGCACCACUGAGGUAGUGAAAAUGCAUUUUCUUGAGUGCUUUAAUAUUAGAGAGAGAAUAUAUUUUCUCCUUUGUUUUAGUGUAGCUGUAUAAGCUGUGAUUAAUCUCUAGUCCUUGGAAAAUGGUGCAGGCUCUGUUCAAAAUAUAGCUGAGCAACCUGUUCCACUCUUACACAUAACAAACACCCUAAUACCUUACAACAUGUUUUCCCCUAUUCAAAAUAGGUGAUUGAGAGCUUGACAUGACUAACGCCAUAGCGAUGCUCUAAGUAAUCUCUAAACAUUUUUUAAUUGCACCACCUGCACCGGUCUCUUCCAAAGGGGUGCGAAGCUACCUCAGCUCCUGUGGCCUUGGUCUCGUUUGUUCUUUCUUUGUUCUCUUCAGAAAUGGCCUCAGCCUGCAAACCGACAGGAAGGCUUUCUUUCUUGCUCCCUAUCUCAGCCACAGUGGACUUGGCAAAACAGCUCCACUAGCUGAGAGAUCCUUAUGAGAGUUUUUCAGCCUGUUACAAAUAUACUGAUUAGAGUCCAGAUGCCUGACAUGUUUAUCUUUACUUUAAUGAAGAGUUUUUGUAGUUGUUUUAAGAUGUAUAAGACCAUCUGUGGACUACGUGCUCAAAACAUUAAAAUUAGGUAACUGUAUAAAACCCUCCCACCAACCCUUUAGGGCAGACAGAAUUUGGGAGAAAUUUAACCCCCUCUCUCUCUUGAACUUUUUUUUUUUUUUUCUCUCUUGAAUACCAGUAUUCAAUAAAGCCUUCUACCUCCUCCUGUCUCAGUAUUGGCUUUGUGGCAGGCGGCUCGAACCCACAAUUUGCGGUAACACCACCUCAGGCUGGUCCUUGAAGGUCAGAUGUUCCAUUGUUUCAUUUCAGUCUGGGGUGUGCAGAGGCUGUUUGGGGCUCCCUGGGAAGCACAUCCUUUGCACUGGAAACACAGCCUGGGUCGUAGCAACAGGAGGCCUCUCUAUUGGCAGUGACAGGAGGUCUGCGGCACUGGUCAGACAACAGGAGGCCCCUGGGGGCCCCAACUCCUGUGGGAAAAUAGGUAAAGGCCCCUGGGUCUGGCCCAUGAGGCCCUCUGCAGUCUGGCCCACUUUAUCUUCCAAUAGCUCUCUCUCUGCCCCGAGUGGCCUGGUCCUCGGUUUUAGCCAGUGUAUCUCUCAGGGUCCACCAGAGAAAUAGAACAAAUAGAAUAUAUAUGCAUAUGGAUUUAUUGCAAGGAAUUGGCUUAUUGAUUGGCUAGGCAAGUUUGAAUUUCACAGGGCAGGCCAUCAGGAAGGGCAGGCUGGAACUCUUGGUCACAGGCUGAAAGCACUGUCCAUAGGCAGGAUUUCUUCUUUGGAGAAGCCUCAGAUCUGCUCUUAAGGCCUUUCAGCUGAUUGAAUCAGGCCAUCCGGAUUAUCUAAGAUAAUGCUCUUAAAGUCAACUGAUUGGAAUGUUAAUCAUACCUACGGAACACCUUCACAGCAAUACCUAGAUUAGUGUUUGAACGAACAAUUUGGGUCUAUGGCCUAGCCAAAUUGAUACAUAAAGCUGACCAUCACAGUUAGCUUCUGUUCUCAUUGCAACCCACUGCCCACAGCCAGACACUGGCCAGCUCUCUUAGGGGGUGGGGCAGACAUCCAGCUUGUCUUUGCUUCUCACCAGGUCUGUUUAUGGGUUCCCAUCUGUCUUAGUUACUUUGUGCUGCUAUAACAGAAAUACCACAAAUGGGUGGCUUUAAAGAACAGAGAUUUAUUUUCUCACAGUUCUGAAGGCUAAAGGUUCAAAUCAGGGUCAAUGUCAAUUUCUUGUCAGUAACCUCGGGUAUUCUUUGGUUCCUUGGCUUGUAGAUGAUCACCAUAUAGCACCUGUCUUCCCGUGUGUGUGUCUGUGCCUGAUCUGCUCUUUUUAUAAUUCAGAAGUGAUUAGAUUUAGAACCCACCUGUAAAAUGAUGGUAAUAGUAGUGUCAGAACCUGUCUAACUUCAGGGGGGAUAAUGACCAGGACCAGCCCAAAGCUGAUUCCCAUGAGGUGGAGGUUAGACAUACCUCCACUCUCAAACAUUUUUACCAAUUCUGACCCCAGCCAUCUGUCCCACGGUACUAUCCUCUUCUGGGUUUGAUAAUAAGUUGCAGUGGCCACACAGAACUCACAGAUCAUACUUACAGUUGUGUUUAUUAAGGAAGUAACAGGGUAUAACUCAGAGUCAGGAUGAACAGGCUACAACUCAGGAUCAGGACCAGGAAGCACGCAGGCAAAGUCUCUCUUCUUCAGGGCUGGGCAGCUCUCUCAGCUCCUCUCGGCCACUCAGGCCUCCGCUCAGCUCCCUCAGCCCCUUAAGAACAGACUCCUCUCGGCCCUGUCAGGACAGGCUCCUCUUGGCUCUGUUGUCUGUCACCACUAACUCUGCUACAGGGCCUCUUCUGGGGCUCGCUCUGUCUUCAGUGUUUACAGUCCUUGACCUGUGUUACAAGCUCUUUUAGAAGGUUCUUUGCCUCCUCUAUCUCUGCUUCUUUUCUCUUCUUCCUUUCUUCUGCUUCUUCCUGCUGUUUCUCUUCCUGCUUUUUUCUGUCUGGAAAACUCUGUGGGGCUGGCUGCUUGUAUAUACACAACUGCUCAUCAAUUUCAAGGCAUGGCCCCUCCCAGUGGGGGGGGGCCACAAACUGACCAAUCUGCUCUUGGUAGGCCUCAGAUGAUUCAUUUGCAUAGUAGGCCAUAGUCACCUCAUUUGCAUACUCCAUACUCAUUUCAUUGGCAUGGGUGUAUUGACCAAUCCCUGAAAGGCGCAUACCAAUCAGGACUGGCUGCAGCCCAGGACCAGACAAAAAGUCAGAUUGUUUACAGCUUGCCCAGAAAAUGUCAAUCAACCUGGACAAAAGUAACAAACUUUUGGGGUAGAAAAUUAGGGCAAAGGUAACUCCUCAGGGUUUAGGGAAAAAAUCUCUCAAGCCGUUUUUCCAAAGAACCAAGGCAAAAGAUCACAUAAAGGAGCUCAUUUCACCACACCACCCUAUUUGGGUAUGAUGUAAUUAACAUAACAAAGAAAACCCUGUUUCCAAAGGAUUACAUCCACUGGUUAGGAUUCCAACACAGAUUUUUUGGGGGACACAAUUCAAUCCAUGACACCAUCAUUUUGCAGUCAAUCUGUUGGUUCAAAGCCCUGCGACUUAUGUACAGCCCAUAGUUAUUGAACCAACCACCAUAAAGCCUAUUAUAUUAAAAAUUCGAAGCACAUACAAUGGUUUCUAGUAACAAAUAAGCACUACUUUCUGACACACAUCAAAACAUUAUUAUUAUUACUAUUAUCAUGUUAAAGAUGUUUUACUGUAUUUGGAAGUGUUUCUUUAAUGGUUUUUUAUGUAUACAAAGGCACACUAUGUACUAUAUACUAAGACAAACAUUUAACUAACUAAUGGAGCCCUGGUGAUGCAGUGGUUAAGAGCUCAGCUGUUAACCAAAAAGUUGGCAGUUCGAAUCCACCAGCUGCUCCUUGGAAACUCUAUAGUAGGGUCGCUAUGAGUUGGAACGUUAGAUACAAACUACCUAACUGUUCGGACUUACAUACAAAUUCCACUUAAAGACAGACUUAGGAAUGGAACUUGUUUAUAAUCUGGGGACUACCCGUACUGAGCUGUAUAAAAACAGGUGGAAGGCUGCAUUUGGCCUGUGGGCCACAAUUUCUUGAUCUCUGGCCGAUUUAGUAAAUAGCAUUCUAGCAACUGGAUAACGAUAUGGACUUUACACUGUAUAGAAAAUUCAGUUUGGGGAGGGUUUCAGGCUUAAAUCAUACAAUUCAUCCAUUUAAAGUGUACAGUUCAAUGGUUUUUAGUAUAUUCACAGACUUGUGCAACCCUCACCACCAUCAAUUUUAGAACAUUUUCAUCAAAAAGAAACUCCCCACCUCUUAGCUAUCACACUCAGUAGCCCCAAAUUCACCUCAGCCUUAAGCGAUCACAGAUCUAUUUUCUGUGUGUAUGUAUUUGCCCAUUCUGGACAUUUCAUAUAAAUGGGAUCAUAUGUAUAUAGAGAUAGAUAGAUACAGAUUUUUUUGUGUGUGUGUGAGUGACUUCUUUCACUUAGCAUAAUGUUUUCAAGUUUCCUCCAUGUUGUAGCAUGUACUUCAUUCCUUUUUAUGGCCAAAUAAUGUUUCAUUGUAUGAAUAUACCAUAUUCGGUUUAUAGAUUCAUCAGGUGAUGGACAUUUAGGUUGUUUCUACCUUUCAGCUGUUGUAAAUAAUGCUGCUAUGAACAUUCAGAUACAAGCUUUCGUGUGACAUGGAUAUUGAUUAUUUAUUGGUUAUUUUCUAUUUCUUCAACUGAGCUGUUGGUCCACGGCUAUCUUAUUGUUAUUUGUUAUAUCUUAGAGUUAUAUUUUGAAUAUUCUUUUAUACAGUAUAAGAUAUAAUGAAACCCAUUAAGAAGUACAGCCAGAAUGCUCCUUAGAAGCAAGCAUGGCGAGACUACGUCUCACAUAAUUUUGACAUGUUGUCAGGAUGGAUCAGUCCUUGGAGAAGGACAUCAUGUGUGGUAAAGCAGAGGGUCACCGAAAAAAAGGAAGACCUUCAAUGAGAUGGAUUGACACAAUGGUUGCAACAAUGGGCUUAAGCAUAACUAUGAUUGUGAGGAUGGUGCAGGACCAGGCAGUGUUUCUUUCUGUAGUACAUAGGGUUGCUAUGAGCGGGAACCAACUCGAUGACACCUAACAACAACAAAAUUAAGAAAUAUGUGUAGAAUUGACUAAGGCAAAGGAAGACAUUAGAGGAACACCAGGAAAAAAAAAAAAAAAAAGA